AUGGCCGAGUCUAUAGUUUCCUUAAACCCUCCCAAAACCAUGAUUCAAUUCAACAAUCCUAUUUCCCAAUCCGCGGCUAGGUCCCGGGCAAGAAUCAGUUUCAAACCAAAGAAAUUCCGAAUCCCAUGUAUUGGGGCUUCAAUGGCACGAAAAGAAGGCGAACAACAACCUUCAUUCGGAGACACUCUCCUCAACAAUCCUCGCAAGAACCAAUUAUUCGAUGCCAUUACCACAUCCCUCUCUAAUUGCCUCUCUGAAACUAACCUACAUUUGACAGUUCCUGCUCUGAAAUCUAAAAUUCGCGGCAAAGUGCGAGAUAUUUAUGAUAGCGGGGAUUAUCUUGUUUUAGUUACUACCGAUCGACAGAGUGCCUUCGAUAGGGUUCUUGCUUCCAUUCCUUUUAAAGGCCAGGUUCUCAACGAGACAAGUCUGUGGUGGUUUGAGAGGACGAGGCACAUAGUUUCUAAUGCACUUGUAUCGGCUCCAGAUAAAAAUGUUACAAUAGCAAAGAAAUGUUCAGUUUUCCCUGUUGAGUUUGUUGCUAGAGGGUUUGUUACUGGAAGUACAGAUACAUCAUUAUGGACAGUCUACAAUAAAGGCAAUCGUAACUACUGUGGAAAUAUCCUACCAGAUGGAAUGGUUAAAAAUCAAAAGUUGCCCAAAAAUAUACUCACUCCAACUACCAAGGCUGCAGAUCACGACGUUCCAGUAACUCCAGAUGAGAUUAUAGAAAAGGGACUGAUGACUAAAGCUGAUUAUGCAGAAGCAAGUGAAAAAGCAUUAAGCUUGUUUGAAUAUGGACAGCAAGUGGCCUCGGAACACGGCCUUAUAUUGGUUGACACUAAAUAUGAAUUCGGGAAGGCAAAUGAUGGAGCUAUUCUAUUGAUUGAUGAGGUCCAUACUCCUGAUUCAAGUAGAUAUUGGAUUGCCAAUUCUUACUUGGAGCGCUUUCAAAAUGGUCUUGAGCCGGAAAAUGUUGAUAAGGAGUUCUUGAGGCUGUGGUUCAAAACUCAUUGCAACCCUUAUGAAGAUGAGGUCCUUCCUGAAGCUCCUGAAGAUCUGGUUUGUGAACUGGCUUGGCGGUACAUUUUCUUAUACGAGACUAUAACAAAAUCAAAGUUUGAGGUGCAAUCGACCAAGGAGGCGAUACAUGACAGAAUUUCACGAAAUGUUGCAUCUGCACUUUCAUCCUUAAAGUAG